CGACAUUUUUUUUUACUUCGCCAGCUGAUUACUCUCAGACUUUACAGAUUAAGGAGAACUUUGGUAACUAAUUCUGUAAAAUCUUAAUUGAUUCACAUUUAAUGGUGGAUUCAUUAUAUGGCUAUAAAAUACGCGACGGACUUCGUUUCGGUCUGCCGAUCCUUCUUUUUGUGUUCAUCGCUCUGGCAACCAAUUCUUUGGCUCUAAAAAAUGGUUCGCUCGUAUUUGAUAGUGGGUUUUGCAGGGCAAGUAUCGAACGUUGGACUUAUGAUUAUAUAAAUAAUGAAUGCUUUGCUUUUAAAUACGAUGGAUGGAUGUGGUGGCAACGCAAAUAAUUUUUAUUUCAAAGAACAGCGUAUAGAUAAUUGCGUGGAAUAAUGUCUUUAUCAUAAUACCUGUAGAAUUAAGAUUGUAUGCGUACGAAACAUAACACACUGCUCGUUUCAAACUUUUUCUAUAAGAAAUGUAAGCAUUUAUUAAUAUGAUAGUGUACUUUUAUAUAAAACACAAAACUUACCUUAUCGAAUGUAUGGCGCAAUCUGAGCUUGAUACCGAUACCGUUUGUAAUUUAGCCUGAAGAACAUUAUACUUGUACUCUAUUAUGUGCAAAUAGAAUAGAUGUGCAAAUGGACUGACAUCUGUACUUGUGUGACAGUUCUUUGCUAUCUGCCCACAUUCUAUGUAUAUAAGGCUGGCUGGCCUGGAAGAUAAGCCAAAGCCAUUUUCCUCCCGAUUUCUAGGUAUAUGUGUAGCUCUAUAAAAUGCUGGACAUGCAUUGUGUGGCCUACCAGAGUUCAACUGGAGUUUUGUUCAAAAUGAAGUAUAUUGCCUUUGUUGCCAUCGCCAUUCUGCUGAGUCUGUCCAGGAGUCGUUGUUGGGUGGACGCCAAGCCAGAGAUGUGCCAGCAGCCUUCGGCGAUGGCGGGCAUGGCACAGGAUGGAGCUGCCUGUUUGGCUUAUAUGCCCGUCUGGACAUAUGAUGCCUCCAAGAACGCCUGCACUGAAUUCAUGUUCGGUGGCUGCGGUGGAAACUCCAAUCAGUUCUCUAACCAGAGAGAAUGCGAAAAGGCCUGCAAGGACUAGGGAAGCACCGAUACGGGCAAAACCCACCACUUGAAAUGAAAACAAUUUUGUAACCCAAAAGCCAAAACAAACAACCGGCAAUCUUGUUUCGCAAAU